AUGUUUCAGACCUUGUACAGCUAUUUUUGGUGGGAACGGCUCUGGCUCCCGGCAAACCUCACCUGGGCCGACCUGGAGGACCGGGAUGGGCGAGUCUAUGCCAAAGCCUCCGAUCUCUACAUCACCCUGCCCUUGGCCUUCCUCUUCCUCGUCGUCCGGCACCUCUUUGAGACGUACGUGGCCACCCCACUGGCCGGGCUACUGAACGUCAAGGAGAAGAUCAGGUUAAAAGCCACCCCCAAUGCCGUGCUGGAGAAGUUUUACGCUGCCACCACCAAACACCCCAAGCAGGCCGACGUGGAGAUGCUCUCGAAGAAAAGCGGCUGCCCGGGGCGGCCGGGGGACCGUCUGCUUCCUUUUUCCAGUUGGCGAUUCACGUUUUACCUUAUUGCUUUCAUUGCUGGCAUGGCUGUCAUAGUGGAUAAACCCUGGUUCUACGACCUCCGGGAGGUGUGGAAGGGCUACCCCAUCCAGAGCAUGCUGCCCUCCCAGUACUGGUACUACAUGAUCGAGCUCUCCUUCUACUGGUCCCUGCUCUUCAGCAUCGCCUCCGACGUCAAGCGCAAGGACUUCAAAGAGCAAAUCAUCCACCACGUCGCCACCAUCAUCCUCAUCAGCUUCUCCUGGUUCGCCAACUACAUCCGUGCAGGGACGCUCAUCAUGGCCCUGCACGACUCGUCGGACUAUCUGCUGGAGUCCGCCAAGAUGUUUAACUACGCCGGCUGGAGAAACACCUGCAACAACAUCUUCAUCGUCUUUGCCGCUGUCUUCAUCGUCACCCGCCUGGUCAUCCUGCCCUUUUGGAUCAUGCACUGCACGGUGGUUUAUCCGCUAGAGCUCUACCCUGCCUUCUUCGGCUACUACUUCUUCAACUUCAUGGUGGUGGUGCUGCAGUCGCUGCACAUCUUCUGGGCCUACCUCAUCAUCCGCAUGGCCCAGAAGUUCAUAACUGGAAAG